AUGUCACCAUCGACAUCGGGAGCGCUGCUAGGCAGCUCGAGUGGGUCGGCUGUCGUUGAGCUGCCGGGACCAGCACGCUCUGCACCACGACUCGAGCUCCUUCUGAACCUCGUCGCCUCAUCUUCGUCCGACCCGGCGCAAACAGACGACAUCCUCUUCAUAAUCAGUCAAUCUGGUUUGCUUUCCAAUGUGCCACAGGAUGAAACACAGCACAAGCUCACCGUGCGCAUCACCGCUCUCAUAUCCUCGCAAAACGCGCUCGGUUACCAACUGGCCAACCUUUGGAUUCAACAGGAUCGAGCUGUCUGGAACGACCACCUCAUCUCGAACGCCGCUGCAUGGGCCACACAGAUCGUCAACAUCCUUUCAGCUCCUGACAAGCUUUUGCUGCAGCGCGAACACUCUGACCGUCUCCUCGCAGCAGCGCUCCAAUUUGCAGUAACCCACCUCUUUCCCGAAAACGUAGCAUCAAGACAGGAAUUCUAUCGACAGGUGGUGCAUCCAAACCUUCCCAAAUUUGUUGUGGGCUUGACGCAGUUGCUCGAAAGUAUUUUUGCAAAGCAAAACGCAGAAGGCUAUGCUGUCUUUGCUAGUCAUUUGCACACUGUGUUGGUAUUCAUCGACCGCCUCUUACACGCUCAUCCAGCUCAAUGCCGACCCGUGUCGCCGCGGAUGCUCGAAUGCGUCUCCGCAAUGCUGUAUCGUGAUGACGCAUUGUCGAUCCCGCUCCCUGUUUUCAAUGCCUCAGCAGCCGUCCUCUCGUCGCUUCACCUCACUGGCGCCCUUGCUUCCAAAGGCAGCGAGGCCUCCGGUGGCUCAAGCCGUACGACUCAGUCUCAGCUCUGGCAAGCCACGAUCGAGACUCAGGUUCAUCUUGCAGCCGAAGCAUGGCGUCAUGCCACGUCGAGCUUUCAGAUCACCGAUAUGUCUCAGCUCGUCAAUGACGGACAGUCUGCCUCGCUAAACAAACACCUGAGCCCAUACGCGAAGGAUCCUUUGGCGGCCACCAAACAAGCACACAGGAGGAUCACGUUGCUUCUCGGUAGCCGUGGACGCUCAGGUCUGAUCAAUUCUCAUCUUCGCGCUGCAACUUCGAGGCCAGUGCCUGUUCCAGUCGGCGAGCUCAUCACUCUGGCACUGGACAUGCUCAGGAUUGAUCUCACUAGCAGAUUCAAAGCGACUGCGGAAGCCAAGGUAUGCUCCCUUCAAUCGGCUCAUCUGCCAACGCUCCACACACGAGCACUUGCGCUCAUUACUCAGCUAGCGAUCACCGUACCCGCUGCCAUGUCGCUGGAGGGUUCGAGGGUUCUGGGAGACAUCUGCCGCAUCGCUGAGAUAGGCGUCAGCGCUGGCACUACGCGUCUGGUAAGUACCAGAGUCAAGCUGGCGACCAUGCGUACCCUAGCUGUGCUCGUUGGAAGGCAUGGCGUUGCUCUGCCACUCGACCCUGCUGGCCGUGUCACUUUGCGUCUUGCACGCUUAGCGGUGACCCAGAUUGCUAGAGCCGUUCUUCAGCCCGUUCAGACUACUUCCAGUACGACCUCCGGAGAUGACAGGAAAGCGAAAAAGGUGCGUCUCUACGAGUCAGAUUCCAUGUUUGGCUCUGACAGAUCGCCCAAGGAUCGCAUCCACGAUGUGAGCGUCGAGGAUAUCGCCUCGACACAAGCUGCUUUGCAGGUCCUUGUUGCCGUUUACCCUCACCUCACCACCACGCUCAGCGCAAUGCACUAUGACCAGGUACAGCUCUCGAUCCAGACUGUCUUGGCGCUCGUGGAAUGCCUUGCCGACUCGACUAGCACUCAUUCUGCCACACUUCGCAGCCAAAGUGCUGGUUCUUAUGCGCCGACGACGGCAGAGUUGCUGCAGGAAGCAAUGGAAGCAUUAGCGGAACUUUGUCUCGACUCUUGCUCUAGCACGCUUGCCUUGGUGUUGCCAAGGGCCAUCCCAGUGCUUGGCAGGAUUGCUCAUGCGCCUAGUUCGGCUGGCAAUGCCAAAAUUCGAAGUGUUGCCGGACGCGCAUUGAUGGCGGUACAUGCUAGCAGGAAGGGCAAGUUUGUGCCUGUGGCAAAAGGUGUUGGGUUUGGUCCACGCGCAACUGACGAUUUGGAAGCUGCGCCCGAAGGUGCCAAGCUUUCAGGUGCGUCUGGUGUUGGCCGCUCGAUUCCCACAACGAGCGAGGCACUUGGAUCAAGCAUCAUCAGCGCGACCACUGCGGUGCUCGGGGCGAUGGGUGAGAGUCAUCUCGAACGAGACGAGGAUUCUGUCGAGGCUGGUGUGAAUACCGAGGCGAGAAUGGACGUAGAUGCGAUCACCGCCGAAUCAGCCGAGCUACUCAAGGCUUCUGGUCCAGAUGCUGCUUGCUCUGCGCCUCCCACAGGGCUGGCACUUGGUCUCCCCACAUCGCCUCGACGAUCGCCGAUUGAGAGACGCAUCUUUUCGCCUGACCCAGUCAAGCCUAAUUACCGACCCAGCACGCCACGCAUCGGCAGCCCGUCCACGCCACACCCGCCUUGCUUGUCGCGCACAGCAUCGCCGAGUCUGGACGCCGGUGCCUUCAUCAGCCAUGGUAGAUUGGCCAACCCGGUCUGCAGCCCCACCACUACUUUUGCGGUUCCAGCGACCACCGAUGCCCCGGUGCAAGCAGCUGUCCAGGUCGUCAACACAUCUGCUGUGGCUGAAGCGGCGCAAGAGAUCAUCAGCAAUACGAAAACAGCAGCGACUGCAAUGCCAGCUACUCGAGGCACGCACAUGGCAGAGCUAGAGGAGACGCGUUUCAUGGACGGCAGUGAUGAUGAUGAAGAUAUGCCCGAGAUCGACGUCGGUGAUUCGGAUGACGACGAGGAAGCAGAGGCUUGA